AUGAAGUCCCUCUCUCUCGUCGCCAUCCUCGCCGCUCUCCCGGCCUGGGUUAGCGCUGUCCUCAUCACCAACAGCAACUUUGAAGGCAUCACCGCUGGCAAGCCCUUCGAGAUCACCUGGUCUGAUGCCGCUGGUCCUGUCACUCUCACCUUGAAGGAUGGCCCUGCUGGUAACCUCGAGACUGUCGGCGAGAUCACCUCUGGCCAAACUGGUGAGAGCUACACCUGGGUUCCUUCCGCCUCGCUCCCUUCAGGCACCACUUAUGCCUUGGAGAUCAGCGAUGGCACCGAUGUGAACUACAGCAAGCAGUUCUCGGUUGAGGGUGGUUCCGCCAGCAGCUCUGCUAGCAGCUCAGCCACGAAGACUAGCACCUCUUCGGCUGUGUCGUCUACCACUGCUUCCAGCACCACCACUACUAGCAGUAGUGCGUCGUCGACCAGUUCUAGCAGCUCUGAGUCGUCCAGCGCUACCUCUAGUGGUUCUAGCACCUCGUCUAGCACUCAUGCUAGCUCCACUUCUUCCGCCUCCAAGACUUCGUCGGCGUCUACUUCCCAGACUGCCCCGCCCAACACGAACGCCGCUCAGACGGUGGUGCCGUUUGUGGCCCCUAUGCUACUCGCCGUUGGUGCCGUCUUCAUGUAA